GACGCCGGGGGUUUUAGGGCUCCGCAGGUGACUGGCACACCCGGGGCUGCGAGGCGCAGCUUUACUGCGCGGGGCAGCGGCACACCCAGGUGCCUCUUGCACAGCGCAGUCCUGCUCACGAAACCAAAAAUCAAAAGCGAGCGGGUGAGCGGCGGCGGGCCUGAGGGAGGGGCCCGCGGGCCCCCGCCCUCCCUCUCAGGUGUGGCGCGGCGGCAGGAAGCCACCCCCUCCGGUGGGCCGGGGCGCGGGGCUGUUGCGCCAUCCGCUGGGCUUUCGUAACCGCACCCUGGGACCGCCAAGAGACGCUCCAGCGCGAGUUCCUCAAAUGUUUUCCUGCGCUGCCAGCACCGUCUGCCGCUCUGAGUCAUGUGCGAGUGGGAAGUCGCGCUGACACCGAGCCGGGCCAGAGGGUGCCGCGCCGGGCCGAGGGACUCGCGGUGCGCGCCGCGCGCCCGCCUCCCGGGGAUGGCGGCUGCCUUCGGGGCCCGAGCCCGCCUUGCCCUGGCCGCCCGGGUCACCAGCCGAGGAGGAAGCAAGCUGGCCGUCCGCUGCGCGCUGCUGGCCGCCCUGCUGGCUGUGGGGGCCGCGGCACUGGCCCCGGGGGGCUGCCCCGUGCUGGAGGUGGCGAGCAACGUGGUGAGCAGCCAACCGGGAGCCAGUGUCACCCUGACCUGUCCAGGUGAGGAACUGGCAGACAAUGCCAAUGUGCAGUGGACGCUUGGGGGUCCACCGGAGACCUCACGCCAUGGCCUGUGGGCUGGUGUGGGAAGGAGGCUGCUGCUGAGGUCGGUGCAGCUCGGCGACUCUGGAAACUACUCGUGCUACCUGAACGGCUAUCCCGUUGGCUCUGUGUGCCUGCUGGUGGACGUUCCCCCCGAGGAGCCCCGGCUCUCCUGCUUCCGGAGGAGCCUCAUCAGCCCUGUGACUUGUGAGUGGCGUCCUCAGAGGCCGCCGUCCCCGACGACCAAGGCUGUGCUGGUGGUGAAGAAGUUCCUGAACGGCCCGGCAAAUGACUUCCAGAAGCCGUGCCAGUAUUCUCACCACUCCCAGAAGUUCUCCUGCCAGCUGGCCAUCCCGGAGACAGACAGGUCUUCCCACAUCGUGUCCCUGUGCGUGGCCAACACUGUGGGCAGCAAGUCCAGCCGAUGGGAGGUCUUCGACGGCUAUGAGAUCCUGCAGCCCGACCCGCCUGCCAACAUCACGGUCACCGCCAUGGUCGGAAAGCCUCGCUGGCUCCAUGUCACCUGGCAAGACCCCAGCUCCUGGAACUCCUAUUUCUACAGGCUGCGGUUCGAGCUCCGGUACCGGGCUGAGCAGUCGCAGGACUUCACAGCAUGGAUGGUAGAAGGCCGGAGUCACCGCGUCACCCGCCUGGGGGCCCAGGGCCUCCAGCACCAUAGCAUCAUCCAUGACGCCUGGAAGGGCGUGAGGCAUGUCGUGCAGCUCCGGGCCCAGGAGGAGUUUGGGCAUGGCUCAUGGAGUACGUGGAGUGCCGAGGUCCUGGGCACCCCUUGGACAGGUACGGCGGCGACGGCGGCGGCGGCGGCAGAGGAAGAGCCCGAGAGCCCUCCGGCCUCGUCCCCCGCCACGCAGGCCUCCACUGCUACUGACGGCAGCUCUGCUCCCUCCAGAGGUUCUAUAAACACAACCAGCCUCCCAGAUGAUUCCUCCCCAGUCCCGCUGUCCACGUUCCUGGUGACUGGAGGGAGCCUGGCGUUCGGGGCGCUGCUCGGCGCUGGCGUUGUCCUGAGGUUCAGGAAGAUGUGGAAGCUGCGAGCUCUGAAGGAAGGCAAGGCGGGGGUGCACCCGCCCUACGCGCUGGGCCAGCUUGUUCCCGAGAGGCCCAGGCCCAUCACCGUGCUGGUGCCCCUCAUCUCCCCACCCGUGUCCCCCAGCAGCCUCGGCUCUGACAACGCCCCGGGUCCCAGCCACCCAGACGCCGGCUGCCCGCGGAGCCCUUAUGAUGUCAGCAACAAAGAAUACUUCUUCCCCAGAUAGCUGUGGGGGGUGCCCGAGGUGAUGGAGCACAGCCCCUGCCCCCCUGGCCUGCUGUCCAACCCGUCCGGCCCGUCCGGCCCGUCUGGCCCGUCUCAGGGGCUCCACAUUACAGAGUUGCCUGCCCAAGGCGCUGCACUGGCGAGCAUCCACUUACCACAUCUGCUGAGCAGGAAGAGCUGGCGGAGUUUGCACGCCAUCUUUUCCAAACGCCUUGCUGCACGGUGAGGGGCUGGGGCGAGCUCGGGCCACGCUGGAGACAGCCUGUCUUGGACACUGGGCAGGGAGGGGCUGUCCCCCACCCCCGGCGCCCAGCACAUCUCUGCUGUUGGACUAACGGAGAUGGACCUGUGGCCAGAGUUCCCUCUCUCAGCCUCGGGGCUCCCGGCUCAAGUUCUUGAAGCCCACAAACCUUUGCGGUGCAAGGACAGCUUUUCCUUAGGCCUCCCCAACUGGGAGAAGACCUUCUCUCCGCUCUUUCUCCCCUGCACUUGACAAACAGCGGGCAGGGGCGUGGGGGUGGCCAGAACUAUCUCAGGGCCUCCUGCUUUUUAAAGGGAAAGACAGAGUUUCUGCUCAAUGUGAAAGAUAAUCCCAGGCAUUUUCGGGAGACAGAAGCAGCUGCCUGAGUUUGAUCUCCCUCAGGAUCUCAGGACUUUGGGGUCACCACGGUCCCCUGUGGCAGCCGAGGCCACAGCAGCCUCAGGAAAGCCCUGUUCUCAGUCCACUGCCCCCGGAAGGAGAGUGGGCCCAGGGCGGGCUCCGUCCAGGGCUGGGCAGAGCUGUGCUUCCUGCAGCUUCCUGCGUCUGGUGGGGAAGGCAGUGUUCACGGGAAAGCAAAAUGUAUUUCGGCAAGAAUGUAUUCUACUGUGCUUUUUCAAAAACUGCUGCUGAUUUCCUCCGGCUGGGUCGCAGACCCAGGACCAGCCGAGGGUGCGCAGGCACGUGGCGAGGGGGGAAAUCGCCCUCCGUUCGUGAGCACAGAGCCGAGGCAGGCGAGGAGGGAGGAAGAACAUUCUCCCUUCUCUGAGAAAGGUCUGGUUUCCUCCUGCAGUCUGUGUUUGUCUUACAGAGUGAAAAACUGCCAGCUUCGAAGGGUGCUUGUGACAGCUCCCCGGGGCGGCCACCCAGGGGCCGGGGCCUGGCACAGGCCUCCCACGCUCCACAGGCAGGGCCCCAGGAACUCCCCACCCCCGCACGGGGCACGCGGGAGGGCCAUUAAGAAAGCCCCUUCCUGUGGUGCCUUCCUCUUUGUUAUCUGGCUCCUUGGGUUAGCUUCGGCCCAGAUCGUCCUGGGGCAGGGACUGUCCGCUGGGCUGCCGCUUCAUCCGGGCUCUGGGAGUGCCGCCGCGGUGGGGGCUGCCCACGCCGGGGAGCUGUGAUUCACAGGAGCCGUGACAGCCCGGGCCCCAAGUUUAGCAGACCACCAGAGUUUCCCAGCAGUUGAAAAACAGCCCCCAUGGCCAGACAGGUGGCUGUGCUCCUAUUGCUGUGUGCCAGGCUCCGUGAUUUCCAUCGUCGGCGUGGUCUUUCCGUUUUAGACCCCGGUGCUGCCGUGGGCAAUACAAGCAGGGCAGGUGUUUAUGGGGGGGGGGUUUAUUUGUUUUGGGGAGUUUAUUCGCCCCUUCAGAGCUUCUGGGGCCCGAGAACAACCAAGCGUGCUGUGAAAGGGAAAUAGUACGCGGUGCAGUCCCAGGAGGGCUCUUCAGUUCUCCACCCCGUUUUACCCACGUGUGGUGUUUGGGAGCUGGGGAAGAUGUGAAACGCAGAUAGCUCGCUCUCUGAGAGCCAGGCAGCUCCCUCUCCAGGUUGCUAUCGCUUUCAUUAUUAUUGUUAACGAAACUGCUUGCUUUUUUUUUUUUCUCUCUCUUGUUUUGAAGAGGGUUUUUUCCCCUUUAUUUUUCAUAAGCUAGUGUCAAUGAAGGAAGAGCAGUUGUUUUCUCUGGGCUGCGGCUCUUGCUCAGCGCACACAGGAAGACACCAGCAGCUUUCUCCAUCCUCAGUUCCUGGCAUGGCCGAAUGUACGUGGCCAUCUGGGGCUCACUCGGACCUGUCCGUACAGCACCCGGAGCACAGCUGCCUCUCACCUGACGCCCAGAGCCCUCAGCCACGUGGCCAGGUGCAAAAUGCUGAGCCAGAGACCCUGUGGGUCAGCGGUGGGGAUCGUCUGGCCGAAUCACUUGGUCUGGCCCUGCCAGGGACACCGCAGGCGGGACUUGAAACUCAGUACCUGCACGGCAGCUUCAUUUUUAUGUCGAUCAUUUUGUGUGGCCCACAGCUGCUGUUAUCAAUAGCCAAUGGCCCUUGGAAGAAAAAAGGUUCCCCUUUUUGUGGCUCCUGUUAGAAAAGGCAACAACUUACUCUGACUCGAGGUCUCAGUGACAGGGAGCAUUAAUUCUGGUAGCAUUAAUGCAAGGUUGAAAUCAGAUUUCCAGGGGAGGGCUCUGCUGUGGUGGAGCCUUGCCGGUGCGCUGUGUUGGCCAUGCUCUGAGCUCACUCAGUCCUGCUGUCUGGAGAAAGCAAACGGGCAGACAAGGCAUGGGACCGCUGCUGGAGCUGGGUUGGGUGUCCCCCCCUGGUGGUGAGCAGGCAGGAAGCAGCCACCACGUGUGCAUCUCCCAAAGGAUGCUCAGGGCCAGCCUGUGUGGCCACUUUGGUACUAACCUGUAGCAUCUCACUGCCGGCCUUAAGGCUGACGCCCAGCUCUGGGUCUGUCUGAAUGUGCAGAAGGAGGGGCAACCCAUGAUGCUCCGGGGCAGAAGCCCCACACCCAGCUUUUCAUGUAGCAGCUGGCAAUAGGGCUGCCGAUGGCAGGGCAAGCCAGCAGACUCAGGGGCCGAGCCUGCCACCCACUCCCGAGUGGCCCCGCCGUGUGUGUGUGUGUGUGUGUGUGUGUGUGUGCCUGCCUUCCAUGUGGCGGGGCGCCAAGUCCAGGAAGUUUCUAUGGCAAUGUAACGGUUACUGAAGAACAUGGCCAGGUUUAAGACCAUAUACUCAGACGGAGAUGUGCUUGAGAAGCAAUGGAGUGUGUCACAAAGCUGUUAGUGGAGAGAGAGCGUGCGCUCGCCUGUUCAAUGGAAUACCUCAACUCUGCCUUGUCUUUUGGAGAGAAAUAAUAGUUUUAAGAGUUUUUUUUUUUUUUAACCUAAUUACCUGAAAGCAAAUACCAAAGACGGAUGUCUGUUUGGGGUGAAGGGUCAAUAUAUAGUUUUCUUAUUUUUUUAUCAACUAUUUUGCAUUUAAAGUGAAAGCUGUCUAUGUUAGAAAUAAACACUUUCUAAAAAUA